GAAGCGCAAGAGGGACCAAUACGCCGUCGCAUGUGCACGGGGAGGGUACACGUUUCUGCCUCUGGCCUUCGAGUCGUAUGGACGGUGGUCUUCGACUAUGGAGACCUUUUUGCACAAGCUAGGCAAGGCAGUGAAGGAAGCUCAGUGCGUGUGUGUCUGCGUGUGAGUGUGGCUAUGGGCGUGGGUAUGCGGGUGAGGUAUUGGUAUUCCUGCGUGUGUGUGUGUGUGUGUGUCUGGGUGGUGUGCGCGUGUGUAGGGGUGUGCGUGUGGAUGUGGGCGUGGUCUGUGUGUGUGCCUUGCCGCGCUCCUACUUAUCCCGGCGGUGAAAUAUGUAUGGGCGUGCACUGGGGGUGUCUGCGGGUCGGCCACCUGCCGCCCCUCUCCGCCCUGGAGAGGGCGGCGGUGCGCUCUCAUGCACCCCCAGCACUCCGUGCGUGGUUGUUAUAAGGGCGUGUUUGUGUGUGACUGGGCGAUCUGCACUGGCUGGCCACCUGGGGAUGGGCGGUAUCUACGUAUGGAGUCAUGGUGCCUGACGCACGCACGCACGCCGCCUUCAAGCUGCUGCUGGGGUGGCGUGUGUGCGACGCUCUGUGCCUGCUUGUAUGUGGCCCUCGUUCGCAGCGCAUUGCAUAUCUUCCUGUCUGCUGCAUCUGCCCUCUGCGUGCUGCGUGUUUCGUGUCCGGGUUGCAUGUUAGGGUGCCUGUUUCAUGUUGGACAGACCGACAGGGGACUUGGCCGUCAGGCCACCUAGGGUGCUCCCUGAAACCGCUGCUGGAGAAGAUGGGCGCAUCGGCAUCUCUCCCAGGCUAAUCAUCCUCUCCAGGCGAUCGAGGAAGAAGAGAAAAGGGGAAUGCUGCAGGGACAUCACGAUGCUGCCCGUGUGCCUGUGCGUGUGUGGAUUGUGAUGGGGUGUGCAGGGUGCGGCAAGUCAUCCGUCGGGAGGUACGUUGCAGAUUUUCUUCAGUGCCCUUUCCUGGAUGCCGAUGACUACCACACGAAGGCCAACGUCGACAAAAUGGCACAGGUAGCGAAACCACAGCACCACCCAUGCCAGCCGCAGCAAGUGCGCCCUCGAUCUGUCUGUGUCGUUUUGCACUGUGUGUGUGUGUGUGUGUGUGUUGUGUGUCGCUUUGCACUGACGCAGGGUAUCCCCUUGGCUGAUGAGGACAGAUGGCCGUGGCUACACCGGCUGGCGGGGGUGGUAGAUCAGCAUCUCUCAAGCGGCCUCGUCCUCGCCUGCUCUGCGCUGAAGGCCUCUUACCGGGCCGCCCUCGCCGCAUCGCCGUCAGUCGGGUUUAUCUAUCUGAAGGCCAGCAAGGACCUGCUGAGUGAGCGGCUGUCCAUGCGGCAAGACCACUUUAUGGGCGCAUCGAUGGUUGACAGUCAGCUGAGUGCGUUGGAGGAGCCUGUGGAAGGGGUGGAGGGACGGAGGGUGGUGAUGGUUGAGUUGCGACGGGGGGAGGGGGUGGAAGAGACGGUCUGGAGAAUCGUGCCGAGUCUGUCUGUGGGCUGAUUCGGGGUGGCAAAAUUCUUGACAAUGGUUUGUGUGCCGUGUCUGGACAAUGGUCUUUGGGUGUGUCGAGUAUGGGCGUGUGCUGCUUGUGGCAGCGCUACCCCGGCGUGAACUACGCGUGAACAGACAGAAGGGAAGAGGUUGUCUUUGUUGACCUGACGCCGUGAGGAUGGUUGCCUGUUCCACCCACCAUGGUGGAUCGUCAUGGGCAUGACGGGGUUCAUUCUGUGAGUGCAUCCAUGACCAGACAGACCGACAGACCGACAGACCGACCGACCGACCGACAGACCGACCGACCGACACAGAAAAACAGGCACAACAGAGGAGCUAUCCGCCAAAAAGGUAUAUCUGUACACAACACAGCUCCACCUGCCG